AUGGCUGGCCGUGUUGGUGACAGUCCACUGAUUGGCUGUGGAGGUUAUGCGAACAAGGAAGGUGCAGUGUCAACAACAGGGCAUGGAGAAUCAAUCAUGAAAAUGAUGCUGGCCAGAGAAGUGGUGCACAACAUUGAAGGAAGUCAUCCUCCUGGCCAUGCUUGUGAUAAAGCACUUCAAAGAAUGUUUGAGGGAGUAAGUGGCCAGGGGGGAGCAAUAGCAAUCGAUAGACAUGGUCAGGUGGGGAGGGGUUUUACUACUAAGCGUAUGCCAUGGGCAACUAUCAAAGAAGGUGUUCUUAAGUAUGGAAUUGAACGAAAUGAGGAAAUUGUGAACUAA